AUGCCACAACGUCAGAUGCACACCGAAGAACGAGCUCGACUACGUCGGCAACGAGUCGAGCGAAGGAACCAACAACUCGAUGAAGCAAUUGCUGCUGCUUGUGCUAUUACCGAUAGUAAACCCCUUGCUGCUACAACCGGGAAGAGCAAUGGGAAAUCAAAAAUGCCUAGGUUCACGGUCAUAGAACCUGAAUCUGAUGCCGAACCCGAAAGCUCGAUGAUGGCCUUGCAACGGCCCAGGGCCGUGCCAAAGUCGAAGCUAUUGUUUGAAGACGAAGCUGAAGACGAACAGGAAGGGAUGGAAGUUGAACGAGAGUCUGAAGAGAGCGAAAACGUGGAAAUUGAUGAUGAAGUCGCUGUGGAAACCCCGGCCGUUGAUGGCCCUCGCCGUUCAACAAGAGUGAAGCAGCAAAAAAAUUAUAAUUACGAAAGCGAGAGCGAUGAGGAUGAGGAUGAGAAGCCACAAAAGAAAAAGAGGGUUAGACGGUCGAUGAGCUCGGAAAAGGUACCGCUGGAGAUUUUGAAGGACUGUAUCGAAGAGGAGGAACGAUUCCACCUCUCACUUAGUUCGGAGCAUAACCUUAACUCGCCGGAUGGCUCUCCGGCGGCACCCCCUGAUGCUACCAAAUAUGACGUGGACUGGUUUAUCAAUGCGAUUAGGGGCGCUAAGCCCAUCGGCCGCGAAUACAGCGAAGAAAAUGAGACUCGAAGAAAAGUCUCUAACCCCUUCGAUAUGGCGGAGGAGAUGGAGAUGAUAGCUGCGAAAGAAGAGCAACUGGAGGCAGAUCUCGAAACCAUGAACGAGAUUCGAUUCAGACAGAGGAAGUCAAGGCCAUCUUUGACCCUAUCGGUCACAGUUGGGAAACGUAUCUACUGCAUUGAAAAGAAUCUCGACAUGCUCAGGGAUUUCCGAGUCGAGAGGGAAAGGUAUUGGAAGAAAAAACAAAAGGCUGAGGAAACGAUGAAGCAAGAGAAGGAACUUCAAGAGGGGCUCAAAAUCCUCCAUGCCUUCAAUGCAGAUCGUGAAAAUAACAAGCUUCGCCCUAAGGCUAUUCAGAAAAAGCCACUUAAUUCCCCAUCCCCAUCUCCUCCAGCACAGGUCGUCCCUCGAAAGCGUAGCCUCACCCCGGAUGGAAAACCAAAAGAGGCGAAACGUAUUUCGCCGGGCCCUAAGCCAGAGACUCGAUGCACUCCGCCGAAUAAAAAUAGCAAGGCAAAGGAGCCCAAAAGCACACCGAGGCUAAUCUUGGUGUGCCGCAUCGCCGAAGCGAAGCAGCGAGAGCUUGAUGAAACGAUGGCUCAAGCACAUAGAUUGCAGGAGGAGCUUCUGAAGCUGACAGCUGAAGUAGAAAAGAUAAGUAUCGAGGAACUUGGGUUUGAAGAAGAAGAAGUAGAAGAGUCACCCACAAAGGUUCGCAAGCUUUCGAAGUCUCCAUCAUUUGCCGUGAAGGGUCGCAGUUCGCAAUCGCCACCCAUAACAAUCAACAGCUCACCAUCACCCCCAAUAACGAUCCACAGUACACCAUCACCCGCCGUUAAUGUUAACAGCACUUCGACUUCAUUCCUAGUUGAGUCCACUCCUCCUCUGCCCGUCAUUCAAGAUACAUCGUCUUCAGCCGCGGAUUCUGGAGUCGCGGAUUCCGAAGACGAAUACCUCUCAAAAAGAUCGUCCAUAAGGGGAUAUCACGUCUCUGGUAAACUUAUGACGGGAGCGAGGAGGACUGUUUUGACCCCUACGCUUAGCAAAGGAAUGGAAAAACUCGCGGGAAAGAAAGAAAAGGUUCAGAAGGGCCACCCUGCUAAAAAAACAAAGCUUAAGGUUGAUAAGAAGGCCGAGGAUAGCCAGCCGGCCCGAGCUGUUACAAAGCCAGCUCCAGUCCUUCCUGCCGACCAAAAGCGAGCUAGGGCACCAGAGGAGCCCCGAGUCGUCACAAAGCCAACUUCAAUCCUCCCUGCUAAACGUAAGAAAAACAGGGAGUCAGAGGAGCCAACUGGCAAGACAGCUGGUGGGGCUGGCCCACAGGUGAAGAAGACGAAGCUUCAGAAGGAAAGGAGUGAGAGGAUUGAUGACUUACAAACGUUCUUCAAGAUGGGUGAAUACAAAUCUGGUAAGGGGACUGCGGCCAACAAGAAAUAG